CAUCGAGCGACGUCUGAAAGAACAACCCUCCCUGGCGGCGCGGCCGGACAGGUCGAGCCCGCGACGUUCCUGCCCGAUGUCAUGUCCGCGGAGGAAUUGGCGACCGCCCAGGGGGCGACCUGCGUGUCGAUUGUGGCGCGCGUUGCUGAGGCGAACUUGCACUACAUGGGAUCGAUCACCAUGAACUCGUCCCUGGCGCCCCUUGGGUUCUUGGACGGCAGACUGUGCGAAAUUCGAAAUCUGACCCGAAACCCAGUCCUGCUGGAGGACAAAGACGAAAGACCACGGACGCGAGGUGGUGUAGUUGCUCCUGGUGCAGGGUCUCACCACGACAGGCAUGAUGCCCUGCUCCGUGAGGAGCGUGUCCUGCCGGGGGGGAGCGGACCUAGAAGGCACGGGCUCGUCGUCCAGGGGCACCAGACGUGGCAAGCCAGCACCAGCGACACGACAACCACGUCAAGAAAAAUGCCAAAUAGAACUCCAAGUCUACUCACUGAGGACCCGCAGGUACAGGCAGGGCAGAACUGUUCCAGUGGUGUUGGUGGUAGUAGUGUUGUACUGGGCCAGGAUUACGUUUACGAGGCAUCCAUGUUGAAGAAUAGUGGCUCUGGCUGCUCGCUGUCGAGGUCGUCUACGGUUUCCAGUGGGCGGAGCAGCGAGGACUUUGAUACAACAACUCACGAAGCUGCAGCAGCGGCUCCUCGUAUUUCUGGCGGACAGGGAGCAGAAAGACCUCUGUGCGGGGCGCCGACAGAACAACGAGAUGAAGGCAGGUCUCGUUCCGCCCACAAAGAUAGUUUUUUGCCCACCUCGUCUUCCUCCGCACAAGAAGAGCAGGAGGGCUUUUUUUUAGCCGGGCAGACGAAAUCGGUGACGACGAAAAAUCGGCCCCGCGCUAAAACAGACCACCCUCGGGGAACAAAUUCCUCGCGAGUUGGGGCAGGAGAGCAGAAGUGCAAGAACUCACUUGGUUUAUUUUCGCGGCGGGUUCAGCCCCCGGCUUCGUCUUCAUCGAGGGAGCCGAUACAGUGGGGCGGGCAAGGCAAGCAAGACCGCAACCUCAGUGUUCACCUCGAUAUCCUCUCCGCCGCGAUCACGAGGACCCCCGGGAUUGACGAGGGGCCGCAGGGCUUAUGCAUUGGUCCGUAAAUACGUCUGGGUCAGGAACAUUGCCAACUUGUGAUACUGACUCUGGAGAAUCUGAAUUACAAAAAAAGCAGUCUUUUGCAUAAGCAUGAAUAAAGAGGUCUUGUCCAUACCAUGUGGCAGCUAGUUGUACGCGAUGAGCGAAUUUCAGAUGCGGGAUCAUAACUCCCUCGCAAAGAACAUACUGCUUUUAUGCACACGACCAUCGGACGAUAAGUAGUAGAUCCUUUCUUUGUGUGGUCCAAAAGCUGCAUAGCGCCCCAGCACGACCCUGCUCGACCUCCCUGCCGAUGCGUUCGGAAUGAGGAGAAGGUCGACGUUGUCCUUGCUCUUCGGAGCACGCAAGUUGGCGUGCGUUGCUGGUAACUUAUUUCGAGGGGAAAGGGUCCAAAAAACGCAUGGUCGAGGACCGGCGCACUCGUUCUCGAGAUCCAGACAUGUUUGCACUUUAUAGGACGCGCGCAUCACGGAAUCGUUUGGUGGAGUCGAUGGAGAUGGUGCUGGCACAAAAAAUGCCGAAAACAUCAUCAGCGAAAUAAAGACGAACGAGAGCAGUUGUCAAGAAAAAGGUCCUCCUCGUCGCCCAGGCGCUGGCGGCGCAUCUUUUUCCCUUGCCGACCAAGGCGGCCGGCCCGGGGCGAGCCGUUACGGCCAUGCGCUCGUGGCGAAUAAAGCCGAUGUCUUUUACACCUACAUCAUUGCGGACGAUGAUAUUCCGGUUGGCGAAGUCUGCUUGAACGGCGCGGCCGCGCACCGGGUUCGCGUCGGCGAUCUCGUGCAGGUCAGUCCCCUGCUGUACAAUUGCUCGUCCGUGCCUAGCCGUUCUCGUUUUGAAGAAGUUAAUUCAACAUUUGGUGAUGUCGCGGCACGCCGAGGAUCGUUUUUCCACACCCAACACGGUAGCUCGAGUUCCACUUCCACGCCCAAACCGGUCGUGGGAAACCUGAUCUUGCAAAGUAAAGACACGCGGGAAGGACUCGGGGUGGGUCAUCGGAAACCUGAAGAUCUUGUUGCCCCAACUACUGCCCCUACUACACCCGCCGAUGGCCGAGUGGAAAAUUUUCCGCUGGAACACGGUGUUGAUGCUGUCGGAGCUGCGCGAGGACACCUUCCUCAACCAGGCCACUCACCGCCAGGUGCUGCCGAGGUGGACGAGGAGAGGUGUGAUUCGGGUAAAAAACAACAAUUAGACCUCCUACGACCGCGUGAAGAUGAAGUACGAGCGCGAGGCAGCGGCCCCGCGCCCACCUCCCACCUAGAUGGAAGUUUUUGGCGGAUAAAGGAGGCGGACGAGGGGGAAGUUGUACACGAACUAGUACGUCCGGCUCCCAGCAGCUACCAGUACCACCUCACAAGAAAACCCGACGAGGAGGUUUUGUUCUCAACAAAUAAAACCACCAGGGCUGUGGUGGACCUGAGUAGGACUUCAGGACGGUCAGCUGCUCCAGCAAUGCCUACUAGUAAUAGUGUGGUGCCUGUGGCUGGGCCACCAGGUCCACGGGCAUCUCCUGCGAGGCCGCAAGUUGAAGUAGACGCAGAUGAUGACCGUGACAAGGGCACUGUAUUUGUAGCAGGUGGGGAGAAAAGAAGGAUUUCAUUUGUUCCUUUCCCACCAGGCGAAAUCAAUACAUUACCCGCGAAAAUCGCAGACGAAAUUUCAUUUUCCUCCCCCCGAAGUGCGAAGACCCGCACGCCCGACAGCACCACUCGCUCUUCCCCCGAUUUUUUGACUGAGGUGAUCGACCCUGAUGUACCGCCGCGUGGCGGGAAGAUGAAGGGACUUCUUGAAGAUUGCGCGCCGGUUUGCGCAGCGGCGCGCUCCUCGUCUACGCCCCAAAUAAAAGCGACCACGAACAAGGGGCCCGUGCUCCUGAAACUGGAACAAAUAGACCUUGGAAAUAAACACUACGACUCCAAACCGCAGUGGCGAAAGCCAAAACGGACGAGAACGCGAGGCGAGAUUAGCGACGACGACGCCGGGCACGGCCAGAAAAAUGCUUCUUUUGGGCGAAAGUCGUCUGCUCGUGCACGAGUAGAGGGACAACCGCAACUACCUGCACCGAUCGGGCAGAACCUGGCGAGCUUUGUGUAUGGGAAGUUGCACUGCUUCAAAAUCACGAACGUUUUUUUCACGCGGUCCGAUACCAGGGCGGAGCACAGGCAGCGGCUCGUCGUAUGACGAGGAAAAAAUGAUCCCACCUUCUGACAUUCAUCACAAGCGUACCAUUUGUAUCAAUGCCGUGCUGCGACUUCUUUGUAUAAAUGAAAAAGACAGCACGACAGAGGGAUGAAAAGGAGAAGUAAACGGAAUAGCUGCUAGUGGAGAUCUGUUUUUCAUUCGUUCCAGCUACUUACCUACAACAGUAAACUAUCAUGGCUGCCAUGCUCAAAAGCUGGCCCGCUGCACGAUGAAUAAGAAUAUUAUAAACCUAAACAGACCUCGAAUGCUCCUGCGAUCAAGAAUUUGUGUGAGACAUACACACAGCCCGCAUCAGAAGUGUUAGUUUGAAUAAGGGGACCACGAGGCGGUGGGAUUUUUCAUUUUGGUAGGUUGUGGACCCACACCUCGCGCGCGCCGCAAACCUGCUCGAAAACAGCAUUGUGCACUUGGUCAGCGUCGAUUCCGGCGCACGGUGGGUGCUUCCUCUCGAAUACGCCAGUUGGAAGCACGAGUCUGCGGCUGGCGAGAUCUCCUUGGUCGUUGAUGAGUUUAGCGAUACCACCGACAUCCGAGAAAGCACAAAGGCCUGCUUCAGCAUCGGCAUGACGGUAAUCAUCAUGGGGUACGCGACCAAGACCUUGCCGACGUUGGUACAACCGACCACUGGGCGAAACCAUGCGGGUGAGGCUGGUAUCACCAUAAAAACAAAUAGUGCUAGUGCACCAAUCUCAGAGCGGCCAAAUGUUUGUAUUGCACAAGUUCCCAGUGGGGUUAGGAGCUACAGUUGCCAGCUUGUAAGUACUUACUUACGUCGUAGUAGCAGCAUCUUCACAGAUUUUGGUUCCUGAACUGUAGUGAAAAUCCCCAUUCAUGGUCAUUGUGCGCGCGUGCUGUAUAAUUCCAAGCGAUGUCUGUCAUGCUAGGGCGAAGUUCACCACUGGCGUAGACUUUGCAACUGAUAAAAAUGCGUCGUGUACUAGUUCCCGUGAGCUUGACGCAACACCAAUAUUGGCGAGAUCAUGCCCUCAGGGAUUAAUCGUAAAGUGGAUGACUUCAUCUAUGUACGUAGUACUAUGAGUUGACGCCGUUUAAAUUGUUUCGUGCAACUCGAGAAGAUCAUUCCACCCACCUGUGAAGUAAACUUUGCGAAUGCAAUGCAAACUCUUAGAUCUUCCUGGGGUGUGGCACUUUUCAUUUUCAUAAGUUUAGGUUGGACGGAGAUGCCGUUAGCUGACACCUCCUCUGGCGCUGACGAGCGGGAAGAAGAAAACCGGCCACAUGCUGGUCUCGCAAAUCGUUAUGCUGCGGCAGGACACGUGGUAUGCAAGCCGAAGGUCAUUGUGCCCCGUGACACCAGUGAGAAAAGUCCGCUUUUGUGCAACAAGCAUUGGCGGGAGCUGCAGACCCAAUCCGAAGCCGAAGUCAACGAGAAGAUGCGGCAAUCGGGGAAUUUCGAUGUCAGCGCGGCGGUGAUUGAUGUUCCUCUAGAGGAAAAGAUGAACAACAGAACAUCCGAACGAAUGGAGGAACAGAUCCUCCCUCCGCCUGGUUCAUUGCGAAAAGGAGGAACGACUGAAAAUCUCGCUCUAGCCCCGCAAAAGGUAUUGAAGACCCAGCACGCCAUUGACACCACCACGCGCAGCACGCCAAGAGCGACGUCGCAGCGAAUAAAUCCACCGGCGCAACUUCUUCUCAACGGGGACUACGUUGAUGGAGAACUACACCAGGAAGCCGUGCCUGGAGAUGUUGCCGUACAGCAAGCAGGCGAUGCAAGAGCGGGAAAUAAAAGCGACGUUGACACAGACACAGCGACAGCAGCCCCAAAGCACGGCCAGGCGGAGAAACUACAUGGGCCGGCGUUUCAGACUUCUUCUGGCACUAGCGCACAACAAAUGCAGUGCGGGUACGCGGCUGCUGACGCGGCUGCUGUGAUGAAGAUGAACAAGAAGGCGGACGCGAAGGGAGCAGCACAAGAAGAGCAAGAAAGCGAAGCCUUGUUAGUACGGGACGAGCAGGAAGUAGAGAACAACUGUUUCUUCGAGUUUGUGCACGAGCAGCGGACUUUUUCGGUGCUGCGCGAAGCGGAUUUCGAAGCCUAUACCGACUCUUUUAAGCUCGAGCGUCCCGAUUUCGACUUUGAGAAUCCGGACGUGCUCGCUCUUCCGCACGACCACCCGAGCGCAUUCGAGACCGGCGAAAUGGUGCACUGCUCCUUCGUGGAGGCCCGGAGCAUGUGGACCACCCCCACGCGCGGCCGGACGCCCGAGAACCGAUCCAAUCGUGUCACUAGCUACAAGCGCAACACUGCGUGCGUCAAGGAGGUCGCGCGCACGCGGUUCCUCUCCGCUGGGCGCGGCGACGGCGUGUAUUGUGCGGCGUUCGCCAGCGAUCGCUUCAAAACCGUCGCGCCGGAUAUCAGAUUGAAAAGUGCCGCCAUAAUUUUAAAAUAGGGAAACCAUGUAGUUCGUUUGUAUGGCAACGCAAGACUUACCAGCGGAAGCAUCUUCUACCUUGCCUGUCUCAGCAUCACAAGUUUUCUACAACCCAGCAGAAAAGCGAAGGCCGUCCGUGACGUUGCACGACGGAGCUGCAGUACAAGAAGCGACAUUCGUUGCGCUAAAGCUGUGGCACAAGAAAAUGCGUCGCGCUCUCUUCAUGCGAGACAAAAACCUUGUUUCAUCUCCUGGAAAAUUCGCAACACAAACAUUUUGUCGACGUUCUUCACAUUUUUUGUGGCGGAGCACUUUUUCGUUCGAUGCCGGAAGUCGUGGUGGAGCAACACGGGGGCGGUCAGCAUCGGAGCUCGACGCCAACGCGCACGGGCGGCAAGAAUGCUGGUGUGUAUGCGCCGAAAAUGAAGAGCUGCGGUGGGUCGUCUCCAGAAAAAUUAUCCGCGACGGGCGGUGCAGGAGAUGUAGGUGUAGCUUCCGCGUCCCCUUUUACGACGAUUCGGAACGCCAGAAAUCAUAUUAAAACACUGCUAUGAUCCGCUCAAUCAGGUGCAGCUACGAUCAGGACAUGUCUUGUUUAGUUGCAUUUAUCACACAGUAUCUUCUGAAAAAGAUUGUCAUGAAAGAGCCGCAGCAUGAUCUCGAUCGGGCCUUUCCCCGCAGGAAUGUGCAUUGCAAGUUCCGGGAUUCUUAAACGGAACGAGAAUCUAGUGAAAUCUGUGCUGAGGUAAAUGCGUGCUGCACGUUCCUCAUACUUCUUAUCACGCAAGACAAAGUCGAGAGGACUUUAAGAUAUGUAGCAAUUGAGAUGGUAGAUGUAGUCACUCCUGAGUGGGUUAUAACUGCAGGAGCUGGAUCUGGGGCGAAGAACUUCCGACGUGCUCUACUCGACGGCUGUGGUUGGCCCGAUCUUCGUGUCGUCCACCUGUUUGAUAUGAGACGGCAUAACUCCGACUCCCCGUCGCCCUUAUUUGUACAUGCAUUAAGAGCAAAAAUAGUUAAGCUAUACAACGUCGGCAAAAUAAAACAAGAUUGCAGCUGUUGCAUGACAAACGUCCACAGGAUGUUGCUGCUGCUUGGGUUUGAAACAAGAACUUGUCGUCCAAAGAACAGUGCAAGGUAAAGUGAGUGAAAUUGUGGAUUUGAUGGUUUUCUGCAUGACCAAGAAAGAGGGAGAGAUGGAGCUGUCGUGCGCUUUCAUAUUGGCGGUCGAGAAACAACCUCUUUCACGGUAUCGAAGACGAACUCAUUUUUGCCCGACAAUACAAGGAUGAACACUAGCGCACCAGCACUUCCACCACAGUACUAGAAUAAAGUUGUGCUUGGCCACUGCCUGCCACGGGAAAUAAACGAGCCAAUGGGUCUUCCAGCCGGUAGUUACUGUGCCGCACAUCAAAAAAGCUCGGCGCAAGGGCUGGCGCUCUUUCUCUGGAAAUAAGCUUGAUAGAAACUCCAGUGGCUGCACGUAUUUGUUGUAACUGUCUCAUUCCCCCCGCCACCUCGCAGCAUGGAGCAAGGCACAGACAGAGCUACCAUGGGCUUUUACUCUUGGAUAAAGUUGCACCGUCACGCUUAUCAUGUUGUUCGCGCGAUUGUGGUAGUAAUCGUGAUCUGAUCGUUGCGGAUUGCUCGGCACCAAAGGCACUUCAUUUGUUCCGUGCUCAGCAACGACGGACCUGUUCAUCUGUAUAAUCCUGAUUGUUUUGUAUGUUCGAAAAAAAAAGCCACUCUCGUCUGGCGCGAGAGAAAGUCGCUUAUUUGGAAGGUGCUGUAGUUUGUCCAUCUGCCUACUAGUUUCAUUUCUAAUUCUUCUUCGUGCUACUCCCUAGCCACCAAUCUUCUUGUGUCAAAGCCUGUGCCCUCUCGUCGAACCAAUUGACGAAAGUCUCAUGAGUUGGCGCAGUCGAUCACAGAACGUUCGCAUGAGCACACCUCAAGGCGCACCAAUAAUGAUAGCCUUGCAAUUGUUUUUUCCUGGCAGGAGCAGCAGCAGCAUGUGCAAGAAUAGAAGGCCGUGCAUGAAUGAAUACGUCCG